AUGCGGGGCUUGAAGCCACACAGCACUUACGACUUGAUGAACGACGUGAUUCGCUGCGGCAUCAUCACCCAGGGCCAGCUAGUGGGCCACAUUAUGGGUGUUGUUCUUGCGGGUUCGCAAAUGGAUGACACGGCCAAACGAUACAUUCAGGGAUUGACAUCAGGCGAUGGUGCUGGACGGCAGGCAUUAUCGAAUGAGAAGAUCUAA